AUGUGUGAAGCAAUAUUUUUUAAAAGUUUCGUUGAAUUAUUUCUAUAUAUUUCUGUUGUUUUAAACACAAAUAUGUCUGUUUUCUCGUCUGAAAAUUUCGAGGAACAGUUCCCUCCAUUUUUUCUUACUUUAAAAGAGAAAACAAGCAUCAGCAGGCCACAAUUAAAUGUCAAAGAAUUAAAAAUUUGUAUAACAACUCUUUUCUUUAGUUUUAAAUUUUUUUUUUGGCAUAAAAAAAUUGCCAAUUUUUUGGUACCAGUUGUUAAAAAGUCAACAUUUUGUCUUAAUUUGAAAGCCCUCGAGGUCAGCAGCGCCUUCAAGAAACCAAUCAGUCUCUUAAUGGCCACAAAUUUAUGCAAAAUGGAUUUUUUUAUAUUUUUUAUAAUAAUAAUUUUUAUUAAUCGCUUUGUUUUACGGCAGGAUUUAAAUACACCGCGAUUAUUUAUUUUUGCCCAACUGACCAAUGAAAUUAUUGGGCGUAAAACAGUGCCUUUUUUAGAAUUUUCUUCUUUUUUGGAACAAAAACACAAACAUAGGAAUUAG